GCUGCGGUCAGAAGGACGUUUGAAAUGUUUCGAAGCGUUUAAUUGACCAAUCAGAACAAAGCGAAUAAAAAUUUCAUUCUGAUUGGUUAAUGCAAUGUUCAAAGUUUCUCGACCACAGUCAUCGAGAUAUAUCAUACCGCGCGUAAAAGCAUAACCUGAAUCAACGUGAUUAUUUUUGAGUUUUUGAUUAUAAAAUGCCAUAUGCUAAUCAACCAUCCGUUCAUAUCUCGGAUUUAACUGAAGAAAAUGUUAAAUUUCAAGUAGAAGACACUGAAUUAAGUGUUGCAAAUAGCAUGAGACGUGUCUUCAUCGCCGAGACUCCGACUAUGGCCAUCGAUUGGAUACAAUUGGAAGCAAAUUCUACUGUUUUGAGCGAUGAAUUCUUGGCACAUCGGAUUGGCAUGAUACCAUUGAUCAGUGAUGAUGUAGUUGACAGGAUACAAUUCACAAGAGAUUGUCAAUGCAUGGAUUUCUGUCCAGAGUGCAGUGUUGAAUUUACACUUGAUGUUAAAUGCACUGAAGAUCAAACUAGACAUGUAACUACUGCAGAUUUUAAAUCCAGUGAUCCUAGAGUAUUACCUGUCACAUCCAGGCAUAGGGAAGACGAUGCAAGCGAAUAUGGAGAGACUGAUGAAAUAUUAAUAACGAAGCUAAGAAAGGGGCAAGAGUUGAAACUUCGAGCAUAUGCAAAAAAAGGUUUUGGAAAGGAGCAUGCCAAGUGGAAUCCAACUGCUGGUGUAAGUUUUGAAUAUGAUCCGGAUAAUGCUAUGAGACACACUUUAUAUCCUAAACCAGACGAGUGGCCCAAGUCAGAAUACAGUGAAUUAGAAGAAGACCAAUAUGAAGCGCCAUUUAAUUGGGAAGCCAAACCAAACAAAUAUUACUUCAACGUGGAAAGCAGUGGUGCAUUAAAACCUGAAAAUAUUGUUAUGAUGGGGAUCGCGGCGUUAAAAAACAAAUUAUCAAAUCUGCAAACGCAAUUGAGCCAUGAAGCGCAAAGCGAUGCAUUAAGUAUUCAUCAUUAAAUAAAUUUUAAUCUUAAAUAUGUAAAUUUAAACAUCUUAUUUCAUAUUUUAUAAAAUAAAAUAAGGAAAUUGCAAUGUAUUAUAUUAUUCCACAUUAGUUUUAAUGUAAUAGUUUUUUGUAAAAGUCAUGUAAGUAUAACUUCUGUUUCAUGUUCGCUCACAAGUUUGCCGCUGAUUGGCUAUAUUAGAAUAAAGAAUUUUGAUAGCAAUCAA